AUGUCGGACGGCCAUCUCUUCAACAAUAUUCUCCUGGGAGGACGCGGUGGAACGGUGAGCCUCUCUUUCUGUGUCCUGUCUGGGUCGAGCAGGGGUUUCGGGGGUCUCUCUUCCGAAUUGUGCUAGGGUUUCGUUUUUUGUGUCAGGAGAUGAAAUGUGAUAAUUUAAAUAAAAUAAACGUCGAAAAUUAUAAAUGAGCGGAGAUGUAACAGGAAAAAAAUAGAGACAAAAAUGGGUAGUUUUUUUUUCGUAUUGUCGUGAUUCUCUACACUCUUAUCUUUUUAUGCAUUCAGGAAUAUAUUAAAAAAAUAGGAUUAUUUUUCAGUAUUUGAACACUGGUUUAGCCUAUUUUUUGUUUCAUGACUUCACGGAUACUCAUGCUGACGAUUAUGAUCCCAGAAUCCAGGCCAGCUUAGGGUGCAUUCAGGAGGGAUCGCAUGGAAGAAGCAAGGCGGGGGUAAGGUGGUUGAGUUAGGCAAGUCCGAUAUUGCUGGAGUGACAUGGAUGAAGGUUCCGAGAGCUUAUCAGCUUGGUGUGCGAAUAAAAGAUGGCUUAUUUUACAAGUUCAUUGGCUUCCGCGAGCAGGUAUGUGUGCACUGCUAUCAAAUGAUUACAGUGCGGGAUGGCUACUUUUAUCUGUACUCUUAAAAGAAUUAAAGAUUGUACCUUUCUAUAUAUGAAUUGUUUUGGCUAAACCUUUCGCUUAGUGAACUUCAUUGGUGACAACAAUUUUUAUGAUGCAUAGCAUGUCUAUGUUCAAUGGGUUUUUGUUUGGUUUGGUAUGUUAUAGGACAUCGAUUGUUAAUUUUAUUUUUUUUCUCAGGUUGCUUUUUGUUUUCCUUCUGCUACCUGUCACUUUUCAAUAAUUUUCUUGUGUGAUGUAGGAUGUAACAAACUUGACAAAUUUUAUUCAAAAAUCGAUUGGGAUAGCACCAGAAGAGAAGCAGCUCUCUGUCAGUGGCCAUAACUGGGGAGGUAUUGAUAUAAAUGGUCAGUGUUUCUCAAGCUGUUGUGAAAUAGUUCACUCACUCACUCACAACUUUUUCCUUUUUUUACCUUGUGACUUUCGGCGUGUUGUGUCAUCUCUAGAUGUUUGUUCAGUGGGAUAGGAAAGGAACAGAAAUCUCAUUAUAGAGAAGAUUUGAAUGCAUGUAUUUGCUCUAUCCACAUGACGAAUCAUUAUGAAGCUCACAAAGGAAAACAAGUGAAAUCGUAGUGUACUCAAUGUCUCGUUUGUUUCAAUGGGUUCCCUUUCUAUCGGAAGAAGAUUUUUUGCCAAUGUAUAUUUUAUAGCACCUUAAGAUUUUCAUUCUACCAAUGUAAAUGCAUGCGGUAAAAAAGGUUUGAUAUCGUUCUCUAGAAUUAUGUUACGUGGGGAAUGCCUGGAGAUAGUAAUGUAUUCAGAUAUCUGAUGCUUUUUUUUGGACACGAAGAUGACAUCUCGUGGUAACUAUGGAAGGGCAGCUAGACUGCGAAUACUUCAUAGUUGAUAAACUCUUUUACUUUAUAGAGCUAGACGGCAUUUGCAUUAAGGAGACUUGGUCCUAUAUUCUCUUUUCUUGGGGCAGAGGACAUACUUGCCUUUUCUGGAUCGAGUGGCUGUGGGUAUAGUUUUGGUUUGCCAUUUUUCCAGGGUUGUUUAUGUGCAUUGAUUUCAAAUUGUUCAUCUUAAGUUUUACCUUACAUGGAGUUCGUUGGUUAUAUAUUGAUUUACUCCCCACCCACCCACCAUCCCGACUCACUCCUACACACUUGUUCAGGGAAUAUGCUCACUUUUCUGGUGGGUUCAAAGCAAGCAUUCGAAGUAUCCUUGGCUGAUGUUUCACAAGCUCAACUGCAAGGGAAGACUGAUGUAUACUUGGAGUUUCAUGUGGACGACACAACUGGAGCUAAUGAGGUUUUCUGUUUUUGAUUCAAAAUAGUAUUUUAUGACUAGUGUGUAUUUUACAUUUUAUCAGUUCAAGUUUAAUUUAAAAAAUGUUUUCAUUAUGAUGGGGCUGCCAAAGACUCCUUGAAGCGAACUGCACUUUUAUACCACGUCGGAAAAUUUGUCUCUUGGAUUUCUCUCAUUAACUAAGUUGCUACAGAGAUUUUGGUAAUGAAAAAAAAUCAGAUACUUAUCGUUUUAAAGGCUUUGAAUAUUUUGGAUUUUCUUCAUCUCUUCAGCUCUUUGAAUGUAGUGAUUUUUCAGUUAUAAACAUCAUAGUUUGAUUAACAUUUCACCUAUUUUAUAAUUUAUUUUAUUAUGAGAUGAUCACAGUUUGAGUUACGGAUUUAUUGAUACGCAAAUGGAUUAUUGCUCGAUACUUCCUCCUUCCAGUCCUGUCUAGCUUUUUGAAAAUUUCCAGUAUGACACACACGUCUUAGCCUCGAACCUAUGUUAACCUCCCACAAACCGUAGAGAACAUAUACAUCACCCUAUCAUGAUGUGAAUAUGAUUGUUUAGUGUGAAUAUUUUCAGGUGCUAGUGUUGUGCUUAGUAGACUUCUUAUUUAAACGUGAUUUGAGAAUUUUAUCAUGAAAAAAAAAGUUUUGGUGCCUCACAGAGAUCACAGACCAUGGACAGCGCGUACACCGCAUUAUUGGGAUGUAAUGAAUAUGAUGUUUUAAUCUUGAGAGUUUCAGUACAUUAGUAUGGAUUUUAGUAGAUUUAUUUUUUGAAAAUUCCUCUGAGAAGAUAUGUACAUUUCACCAUGAAAAUGGGAAAAGAGUUGGCGAAUUAAGCAGUAGUUUUAUGGGAGUACGUUUUAUACAUUUGUACGGCGACGGUUUUGAUGCUGCAUCUCAUAAUAUGAAGCUAAAAUAUUUGUAACUCUAAAAGUGGACUUAAUUUAUUUAUUUUUCGGAUAUAUCUUAGAUUAUUGGUAGAAUGUGGAUUCCACGUUUUUGUUUGUGUUUUCAAUACUUGACUAAACUAAGAAAAUCCCACCAUUUAGGGACUCUAUGUGACCAUAAAUUCUUUGCUUCUGUUAUCUCAGAAAGAUUCGUUGAUGGAUGUAAGCUUUUAUGUACCUAACUCAAACACCCAAUUUGUUGGUGAUGAAAGGCAUCCUCCAGCUCAGGUAAGAUUAUAUUUUUUCCAUUUAAAGCAUGGUAUGAGAUUUACUGUGAGAAAGAUGAAUGAAGAUGACGUGUUUCUUUUAUUAGGUUUUGCUCGACAAAAUCUCUUCAAUGGCGGAUGUUGGUUCAUCCAGUGAAGAAGCUGUUACCACAUUUGAGGGGAUCGCCAUUCUUACUCCAAGGCAUGGAACCCGUCUCUGAAUUUUCAUCAGAAACUCCUUGCAUGCCUUUUCUAGAUUAAAAAAUUUCUAGACGGGACAUGAGGGGCUCUGACUCAGGCUAGUUCAAAUCAUUUCUGGGAGGACCAGAUCAUGGAAUGACCUCAACCAAUUUUACAACUGAGUUAAAAUCGAUGUAAAUUUGAAGUCAUAGGUUUCAUUUAAAAAUUAUGGUAUACCGACUUCCACAACUGUGGAGUCUUCUGCCAUUCCUUUUUGUUUUGGGAUGCGGGAGAGUUUCAAAAUCAACUCUGGCAACCCUGUCAAAUAGGGCUACAGUACAGUCCAUUUUCUAUUCGUGGGUCUGACAAUUGUUGAUAUGUCUGUGCAGAGGGCGCUAUAGCAUUGAACUUCACCUUUCAUUCAUGCGGCUACAAGGACAGGCCAAUGAUUUUAAAAUACAGUACAGUAGUGUUGUUCGCAUUUUUCUUUUGCCCAAGGUAUUCGUUUCUUCUUUAUGUAAAAAUGAUAUGUCGUAAUUUUUCUUAUUCGUAAAAUGCCAUUUUUCAUCUAAUUGUUGGUAAUUAAUACAAUUCUCUAUUGCAUCUUCCUCAUGAUAUUCACUUUGAUUUUUUCAGUCUAAUCAACCGCACACUUUUGUUAUUGUUACUCUUGAUCCACCAAUUCGUAAAGGACAAACAAUGUACCCACAUAUUGUGCUACAGGUAUUGCUUUGGAAGCACGUUCCGUUUGGAUUUUUUGUGAUAUUUGUCUUCUCAUUGGUGUGACUUGGCUGUUUUUCUUCUUUUGUUUUCGUUGUUCCCUUAAAAGUUUGAAACCGACUAUGUGAUUGAAAGUAACUUGGCAAUAAGCGAAGAGCUCCUGGCGGCCAAAUACAAGGACAAGUUGGAAAUGUCAUACAAGGUAAUUAGUAAAUUGGUCAUUGUUUCAUAUUCCCGUUCUCACACUUUUACCUUGCUUGUCCUCUCACACAUGAACGAGUUUAUGUCGACCCGCAAUCUACUAUUAAACUGUUGCUAAAAAAAAUUAUGUUAGAGAAAUGUAUGAGCUGAGGGUUUUAUGCAUGAAAAGUCAUGUCCGUUGAUUUUUAUUGUCAUAAACAUCACUGACCUAGAACUAAUGUUGGAGAGAAUAAUGCAUUUCCUAUUGUGUUGGAUUGAUUAUGUUCAAUAGUUAGCAUUUUAUUUUUUGCAUUUCAUAUUUGGUGCUUGACCCGUUCACCUAGAUUCCGGUGGCAGUAAAUAUUCUCCCGUCUAAUUAUAUUUUAAUGGAAACUUCAGGGUCUGAUUCAUGAGGUCUUCACUUUGGUUUUGCGUGGGUUAUCUGGUGCUAAAGUCACUCGGCCAGGAAAAUUCCGCAGCUGUCAAGAUGGUUAUGCUGUGAAGUCGUCACUGAAGGCUGAGGAUGGUCUCCUAUAUCCUCUUGAGAAGGGCUUCUUCUUUCUACCAAAGCCUCCGACACUUAUCCUUCAUGAUGAGGUAUCAUUCUUGGUGGAUGUUAAUACUAGAGUUAAACUUCUAGGGAGCAAUCCAUUCUCAUGGCAUGCUGAUGUUUAUUCGACAGAUUGAUUAUGUGGAGUUUGAGAGGCAUGGAGCAGGAUCAAGCAAUGCUCAUUAUUUUGAUCUUCUUGUGAAACUAAAAAGUGAGCAAGAACAUUUGUUCAGGAACAUUCAGAGAAAUGAGUAUAGCAACCUUUUCAACUUUAUUAGGUAGGUUAAUGCGACCAGAUUUUCUUAAUCGAAAAUUUUCUGCCAUUAUCUCAUAGUCAUCUAUCGUCCUUGGUCAAUUCAGUGGCAAAGGUCUGAAAAUCAUGAAUCUCGGGGGUGGUCAAAGUGGCAAUGCUGGCUCCCAUGCUAUUGACGAGGAUGAUGAUGCUGUUGAUCCUCAUUUGGAGAGAAUUAGAAGUGCUGCUGGUGACGAGGAAAGUGAUGAAGAGGUGAACUCUCUCUCUCUCUCUCUCUCUCUCUCUCUCUCUCUCUCUCUCUCUCUGUGUCUCUCUCUCUCUAUCUCUAUCUGUCUAUCCAUCUAUCCAUCUAUCUAUCUAUCUAUCUAUAUAUAUAUAGAUAUAUAGAUAUAUAUAUACAACUUUUGUGUGUACUUGCAUUAUCACUUAGUUUUAAUUCCACGGUAAUUUCAAUAUUUUCAGGAUGAGGAUUUCGUGGCUGGGGAGGAUGAUGAUGGUUCUUCUACUGAUGAUACUGGAGAACGUGGGAGUGAUGCCAGUGAAAGUGGAGGAGAGGAAAAGGAGGUAAGACUCGUUCUUCCUGUUAGGAAAGUUUUCACUGCGACAUAUUAUACCGAACAUCUGUGACCCUGCAAAUCAAUAUCCCUGCCAUCUCCACCAUCGAUAGGGUGGGUCUACACAAUAGACCUCUGAGCCAUUGAUCCUGGGACUGUUUAGGGUUUGAGAUCCCAUGAUCUACGUUCAUCUAGCUGCCAUCCUUCCCCCGAUGGCCUAAUGUGCUCAUGGCUUGGUGACUUGUAUACUUUUAAUGAAAUGUGCUGAAGAUCCCAGCUCUCGUUAAGUCGUCUGCAGUGAAUAUCACAUCAUUUUGUUAAGGAGACCUGAAAUGCUCGAAUAUUAAAGCUGGGAAACCUAGCAUUAUGUUAAUUUUCAUGAACGAUAACCUCUUCAUACCGCAGAAACCCGCAAAGAGAGAGGAAAAGAAAGAGGCCCCCUCUGCCAAAGCGCCUUCUGCUAAAAGAAAGGCCAAGGAUGGGGAUGAAGAAGGAAAGAAAAGAAGGCCAAGGAAGAAGAAGGAUCCUAAUGCACCAAAGAGGGCAAUGUCUGGUUUUAUGUUCUUCUCAAAUACCGAAAGAGACGUAAGUCGCUCAUAAACUCGGCUGUGUAACUGUUUUUCCUGCAUGCCAUACGCCAUUUGUUUCCCCUCUCAGCUACGAUUCCCAUGUACGUAGUUCACCGUUAUUUGUUUUUUAUGCACUCUUGCUGCCCCUGUCUUCGGUAUAGCUUUCACCACUAACAUUGGUUAUGGGUUGACCUUUCUAUUUUAACAGCUUUUGCAGUGUUGCGUUAAUUACAGAUUAGAAAAGUGAGCUUAGAAUAGUCAGAGCAUGGAAAGGAGAAUUUACUUAGAAUUUUCAGCUACAUCGUCUCCGGUGUGGAUAUAAUAUCUUUACAAAUCCCUUUUUUCCCAAUAUCUUUAUAAUAUCUCUACGUAGUCUCUGGUGCCGUCUUCCUUCAUUAGUCUCUUCAAAGUCAACCCAAAGCCUAGAAUUCGGGUAGGAGAAGUCAACCCGGCCAAGCCGUCGAUCCAACUCUCCUAGAUCUUUUUUUGUUUCUUUAAGUUUUCAUGUGUUGUGCAUUGGGGUAGGUGUCCAGAACUAUCUGACUCUUCAUGCAUGCAGAACGUGAGGAAAACCAAUCCGGGGAUGUCUUUCACCGACGUCGGCAGGACUCUCGGAGAGAUGUGGAAGAAGAUGUCAGGUACGGUCGAUGACGGCGUGCCUUCCUCUGCCAAGCCGAACUUACCAUCUAAACUCUCUCAUUUUGCAUGCAUGCAGCCGAGGAGAAGGAGCCCUACGAGUCCAUGGCAAACGCGGACAAGAAGCGGUACAAGGAGGCCAUGGCUGGCUACAAGAGCGGCGCCGCCCCCGUCGUCGAUGUGGGUUCCGGCGACGACUCCGCCAGCGACUAG